CCGCUGUCACUACCAUCGAAAUAAAAUUAUAACAAUAAUGUCAUGUGAUUUGACAAAUCCAAAAUAAAAACAAAAAAUCUUUAAAUGUCUGACCAAAACGAUUCGAGCCAGGAAUAUAAUAGCAUGUCGCCAAAGAGUGGAAAAGAUGGUAAGACAACGAGCACGGGACCCGGUCCAAUCGCAACGGAUGCCGUCGAAGAAGAUCUGAACGAAAUUGAUAGCGUCGACUCUAAUCUGGAUUCCAUAAAUUCGGUUCUUGAUUUCAUCGAGCAACGAACGGAUAACAUUAGAGCUCAGCUCUUGGAACUGUUAACAUCGAGUCGUGAGAUACGACAAUCGAUUAUUGAGGAGAAUGGUCAAAGUUUGAAGGACGAGGCGAACAAAAAUCAAAAUAACGAUGGAAUGGACAUGUCAUAAAGUUAUUGCUGGUACAGAGGUAACAGUCACGGGUUUUGUUCGUACCCGUUUCUGCUACCGCAUUCAGUGUUCGAUGGUCGCAUUGUUGCAUGGUGUAAGAUAAAUUUAAAAAUAAUUUUGUGUUUUCUGUUGAAAUUAAAAUGUAUUUUACCAAAACUA